AUGGAGGGAUUCGGACUAGAGGUACGAGACGUUCUCGAACACACACCCGACGAAGUCAAGCCCCCGAGCUUCCCGACUCCCGCCAACCAGUCCGCGACCGGAUUCCCAGCGCCCAAGAAACGAAUUUCUGCCUUCAAGAAGCAGCGCCAGAACAACAACACAAGCAUGCUCCCGACUCCUCCAGCCCAAUAUGGCCCAGAGCGGCCACCAGCACCAAAGCCAGAGGUGUUAGAAAAGCAGAGAAUCGCCGAGGAAAAUGACGCCCUUUUGAACUCGUUGCCGCCCGAUCAGAUCAUGGAAGAACAGCGCGACCUUUUCAAGAACCUUGAUCCAAAGCUUAUCCAAAUGCUCCUCCGGCGCGCAAACCUCGACGAUUCCGGUCCCGCGAAAUUCGAUCCGUCCCCAGAACCCUCUUCGAGCGCGAAAACAACACCCGUAACAACCACGACCAAACCCCCCAAAGUCACUGUCGAGGACGUCUCAGAAAACAUACCACCACCACCAUCCAAGAAAGAUCCCACAAAACCCAAGAAAACAGUCACCUUUGACGAAGACGCCGCUCCCCCAGCUCCCCCAGCCAACCUCAUCCCCGUCAAAACGAUCACCACCACCGACCCAAACCUCAUCAUAACCCCCUCCAACGCCCCCGACGAAGCCCACACAUUCCACACCCACUACCCCCAGCCCCCCACUGUCCCCGACCUCGACCCCGAAGACCCGGACUUUCUCGAGAAAAUGCACUCCAAAUUCUUCCCCAACCUCCCCGCCGACCCCUCCAAGCUCGCCUGGAUGGCCCCCAUCCCAACCCCGGGCUCCGCCGCCGACAAAGAAUCCCCUUACUACCCAGGCCAGGACUCACUCCCCAUCUCUGCGCUGCGCUUUGACUUUCGCGGUUUACUCAUCCCACCGAGAUUAUCCCGGCAAAUCCCUGUAACGAAGGGUCUUCACCACCAUGGUGAGGCGCCCGAGGCGGCGGGGUAUACUAUUCCCGAGUUGGCGAGAUAUGCGAGAUCGGAGGUCCCAGCGCAGAGGUGUAUUGCUUAUCAGACGCUGGGCAGGAUGCUGUACAGGUUGGGAAGGGGUGAUUGGGGGAAGGGUGAGGGUGGGAGGGUAGGGGAGGAGGACGAUUUGGCGUUUGGGUUGUGGAGGUGUUUCAAGGAGAAUCGGGUGGUGGAGAGUAUUGAAGAGGAGGUGCAGGGGGAGGAGGGGAGGGGGCACAGGAGUUGUUAUGCUUAUGCGACGGAGGCGUUGUGGCUGUUUGAGAAGGGGGGUUGGAGAGAGAGGUGGAGGGGGAUGUGA